AUGGCUGAGGAAAAACCUUCAAAAGAUAAUGAUUCUGCUCCUUUGCUCGAUAACUCAGACUACAAAGAUCCAUCUUGGUCAGAUUACUAUAAAAAAAGCUACAAAGACUUAUUAGAGUCUCCUAAUGAUUAUUGGAUGGUGCUGCUAGUUAAAACAGUCGGAUUUGGAGGAUUUUCAAUGAUUUUAGUAUGUGGGGCAAUAUAUCUGUCAGAGGUCCAGGAUAUCUCAGAUACAAUGGUAGGAUUAAUAUAUGGCUGUGCUGGUGUUCUAGCUGCAAUAUAUACAAUUUCUCUUUCAAGUAUCCCUGAUAGAUUCGGAAUCAAAAUUUCUAUGCUUAUUUCUAUGGGCUGUGGGUUUUUAGGAUUUUUAUUGCUUGUGUUUAUUACAGAUAAAUAUAUCCAGCUUUUUAUUUUAGGGACUCUAUUGCUUGUACCUCUUGUAUUGACUCCGCCAGCUGUAAAGCUUGCAAUUAAAAAAUACACCUCAAAUGAUGCAAGAAGCUUAGGCUUUUCUGUAUAUACCAUGGUAUUUUAUGGUAGUAUCGCUCUAGCAGGAAUUGCUGUAGAUUUGAUACUUACUUUUGGAGACGAAGACCAAGCAACUUUUCGAAUUAUUUUUAUUAUUUCUACAGUCUUUAUGGGAAUCGCUUUUUUCAUGUCACUUUUUUUAAGAGAGUUGGAUUACUCUUAUAGAGGACAAGAACUUGUUAAAAUUGAUAAAAAAGAAGGAUAAAUAAAAUGGCAUUCGGUUCGAGAGAAAUUAGCUCUGCUAAUUUUCUCUCCCUCAUGGAAUUUUAUUUAUGGGGUUAUAUAAAUUGCCUUUGAGUAGCGCGCUAAGCACCCGAGACUUCCCGACGAAGUCUGGGCGGUGGUUUGACCAGCUGAUGUUGGUCAAGCCAGCAUCCAAUUUGACAAAUCUUCUAUAUGAGAAGAAUUUGUCAUUUUGGAUGUUGGUUUGAUCAAUAUCAGCUGGUCAAACCACCGCCCAGACUUCGUCGGGAAGUCUCGGGCGCUUAGCGCGCUACUCAAAGGCAAUUUCUAUAGGUUUUCACUCGAGAACUUCUGGACAGCAAUAGCGGUUUAACUCUGGGGAUAACCAGAGGAACUGCUCCUCAGUCCUCUCAAGAUUUCGGGGUUUUACCUCUCAGCACAUCUCCAAGGGAAGAUGACCCUCAGGCGGAACACGCGCAGGAGCUGAGUCGAGACAAGGGCGACGGCAUCGCGCCGGGUGAGACGUGCAGCAAGGCUGGUGAAGCAGGAGUUGAUAGAAGGCUUGGCCAGGGCUGACCUGUUCCAAGAUGGCUUGCCUACGUCACUAGUUUUGCCAUAGGUCCUUUUUGGGCUGCGGCACUAGACACCUUAAACACCAGAUAAUUAAGUUAAGUAAGUAAGAUAAAAAAGAAGAAUCGUCAUGGGAUCAUUUAAGAUCUAUAUUGAUAUUAAAAUCUUUUUGGAGGCUUGUAGCAUUGUGCCUUGUUCUUGCCUUUGUGAGGGCUGUUUAUAAUCAUCUGACUAUUACCUUGCCUAUUUAUAUGUAUCGUGAUAUUGAAGAUGGGGCUCAUUUUGGGUAUAUCAUUGCUUUGCACCAAAUCCUAAUGAUUAUUUUUACUCCGAUUUUAACAAUGUUGAUUUAUGUUAUGAAUAAUUAUUCGUUAUUAGCAUUUGGAAGCUUGAUUACUGCUGCCUCACCACUAGUAUUGUUAUUUGGUGCUAGUUAUUUGACCGUGUGCAUUUUUGUAUUUUUUGUAAGCUUAGGAGAGGCAAUUCAUGCUCCAAGAAUAAUUGACUAUACAAUGGAAGUUGCCACCAAAGGACGUGAAGGAGUAUUUUUAUCAGUUGCUGCAAGCCCUCUAGCAGUCGGAUAUAUCUUUACAGGGCUGACAGCUGGACCACUACUUGAAGAAUAUUGUCCUGAAGAUGGAGAAAGAGAAUGCUGAAAGGUUUGACUUUUUAUUUCUAUUAUCACUUUUAUAGCAACUGCUGUGCUUUUUAUCUUCCGAAAGUGAUUGGAGCAGCCUUAUUUUGAGUCUCACCCAUAUAUGUCUUGCUCUAAAGAAGCUGAAGCAGAUAAACACGUCCUGGAAAGCCAAUAG